AUAGUCUGAAGAAAUUAGUUCAAUGUCCGGUGGGGUAUUCCAAUUUUGUGUCAGCAUUUAAAAUUGUUAUUUACGUCGCACAAAAUAACAAUGGCCGAUUCUGCCGUAUUCGACAUCGAAAUCCAAGACAGCAAUGAACAUGGCCAAAGGUUAUAUGAAGACGAAGUGGUUGAAAUUGGAGAAGAAGUCAUUGAGGGGGAACUCACCGAAUUGGACAUGAUAAGCAUGGAUGAUGCUGUUGAAACCUACAACAUCGAUGAAAACCUAGUUAACCAAGGGCAAGCAAAGUGCAAUCCACAAGAUUUUGAACUAUUGAAAUUAUUAGGAAAAGGAGGUUAUGGUAAAGUGUUUCAAGUUCGCAAAUUAAGCGGAGCGGACCAAGGGUCAAUAUUCGCCAUGAAAGUACUAAAAAAAGCCAGCAUUGUAAGAAACCAAAAGGACACUGAUCACACGAAAGCAGAAAGAAAUAUAUUAGAAGCCGUUAAGCAUCCGUUUAUCGUGGAUCUUAUUUAUGCCUUUCAAACCGGAGGAAAACUAUAUUUAAUAUUAGAAUAUCUUGCCGGUGGGGAGCUAUUCAUGCAGUUGGAAAGGGAAGGAAUAUUUUCUGAAGAAACAGCAUGUUUUUAUCUGGCCGAGAUAGUUCUUGCAAUAGAGCAUUUACACUCCUUAGGUAUUAUAUAUAGAGACUUAAAGCCAGAAAACAUAUUAUUAGAUUCAGAAGGACAUAUCAAAUUGACUGACUUUGGAUUAUGUAAAGAGUCAAUCGAUGAUGAUAGCGUUACACAUACAUUUUGUGGCACAAUUGAGUAUAUGGCUCCAGAAAUCCUUAGACGAUCGGGUCAUAAUAAAGCUGUGGAUUGGUGGAGUUUGGGAGCCCUUAUGUACGAUAUGCUUACAGGCGCCCCUCCAUUUACUGCUGAAAAUAGAAAAAAAACAAUGGAAAAGAUACUAAAAGGGACUCCAAAUUACCCACCGUACUUGACAAGAUAUAGCCAAAGACUAUUAAAGGGUUUAUUAAGGAAACAUGUUUCUGAAAGACUAGGAUCCAAAGCCGACGAUGCUGAACCAAUCAAACGACACGAAUUUUUUCAACACUACAUAAAAAAUUGGGACGAUGUUAUACAGAGGAAACUCGAACCACCCUAUAAGCCUAUAAUUAAAUCGGAGGAGGACGUCAGCCAGUUUGAUACAAAGUUUACUAAGCAAACACCUUACGAUUCACCAGAUGAGGGAUUUCAUUUAAGCAGUAGCGCUGCAUUAGUAUUUCAAGGAUUUACAUAUAUAGCACCUUCGGUGUUUGAGGAGAUGCGAGGACCGUGGAAAACACCUAAAGAUCCUCGCUCACCUAGAAAAUUUGAUCCUCAAAGCCAACUUAAUAUGAAUCCUAAUGGAGUUAAUAUGCAAUGUAGUGAAGAAGAUAUGGACUGUACGAUGACCAGCCCAAAUGGUCAAGCGGCCCCUGCUCCAUCUCCCAUUAACUCAACGACUAGCCAUCCAGAACACAGGUCUCCCGCUAUUGCUACUAAACGUAGAAGUGCAGCUCAUGCUUUGCACCAUCUCAUAUGUUAUGAUUGA